AAUUGAAAGUGGUGAAAUUGAUAAUUCAUCCAUCUCUAACAGGGAAAAGUUGUUUUCUAUAACUUCCUUUCUGUUAAUAUGUUUUAGUGAGUAUGUUUUCUGAUAGAUUAAAAAUUUAGAUCUAGUCUAUGAGCUAAAUAUCCAUGCUACUGACAUUACAUUUUGUAUGUACUUAAUGAAGCAAAUCAGUACUCUCGCUGGAAAUCAAACUCCAAGCUACUUUGUUUGGGAAGUUCUCUUUACCAUGGCCAUAAUUGGACUUGGCCUGUUGCUUUUCGCCCUUUUGAUUGGAAAUAUGCAGAAUUUUCUCCAAGCACUUGGACGGAGGAGGUUAGAAAUGUCACUAAGACGCCGUGAUGUCGAGCAAUGGAUGAGCCACAGACGCUUGCCAGAGGGACUUAGGAGGAGAGUAAGAGAAGCUGAACGAUAUAGUUGGGCUGCCACCAGAGGGGUAAACGAAGAGAUACUUUUUGAGAACUUGCCUGAAGACCUUCAGAGAGAUAUAAGACGGCAUCUCUUCAAAUUUGUUAAGAAGGUUCGAAUUUUUGCUCUGAUGGAUGAUCCUAUAUUAGAUGCCAUCUGUGAGAGAAUACGACAAAAAACCUAUAUCAAAGAAAGCAGAGUUUUUAGUCCUGGUUGUCUUAUUGACAAAAUAGUUUUUAUUGUGCGUGGAAAAAUGGAAAGCAUUGGAGAAGAUAAAAUCAGAGUUCCUUUAUCUGUGGGGGAUGUUUGUGGUGAGGAGCUUCUCACUUGGUGUCUUGAGCAUUCCACUGUUAACAGAGAUGGAAAACAAAUAAGAAUUCCUGGACAGCGAUUGCUCAGUAAUAGAAUGGUACGGUGUUUGACAAAUGUUGAAGCAUUUUCUCUCCGAGCUGCUGAUCUUCAAGAAGUUACCAGUCUUUUCUCCAGAUUCUUGCGUAAUCCUCGUGUUCAAGGAGCCAUAAGGUAUGAAUCACCUUACUGGAGAAGCCUUGCAGCUACCCGCAUACAAGUGGCUUGGAGAUACCUGAAGAGACGUCAGUCCAGUCAUUUGUCAGGAUAGUUAGUUUAAUACACAGAUUAAGAGACGCCAAGUUCCCAUAUUUGCUUGCAGGUGGUAGAAGCAAUAUACGCAGAUUGGGUUCAUUAUGUAAUCUAGCUAUGUCACUGAUCAAAAAAGAAAAAAAUGCAACCUAGCUAUGUCCAUAGAUUUCGUGUUACCAUGUAACAUAAGAAAGUACGAAACAAGACGUAGGGAAUUGAGAUUGUAGCUAUGCAAUUGGGAUGUAUGUAUGUGAUAGUGUAAAAUGAAAACUGGAGAUGGUGAAUGCCAUUAAUAUUGGAACAUCUGUUUCAUUAUAUACCAGCAUCGAUAUAUGAUGUCAUAAAAGAAACCACUGGGG